AUGCAGAUAUCUGUCGGAGACCUUGUCCCAUGUGCUCUGUCACUGCGGCCACCACGUGGUUGCUUUGCAGUUGCACCAUUGUCAAGAGGCUUGUUACGGCCUUUCUGCGGUAGUCAGGGUGAGCCAGCGAGUUUCGGGCGAUUAUCUCCCGACAUUGUGGUGACGCACGAGCCAUCGAGGAUUAUUUUCAUUAUAGAUGUGACCGUGCUAUUCAAAACCCGAAGCGACAAGGUCACGUCAUCUCUGUCGGCUGAAUCGUCGGCACCCUCGACGCAUGGCACUUGCAUAACGUCCACCUCAACAAACUACUUCGUAUUUCAUCAGAAUACGAGGUCCUGA